UGCUGCAGCCAUAUUGAGGCAGAAGCACAACAACGGCGGAUGUGCUCCUAGACGGUCGUUUUUAAAAUAUAUAUUUUUCUGGUGUCUCGAAAGAAAAAUAUUAUUUGUAACGCGGCUGCAAGUGUAGGGACGCCCCCGCUUUGUCACGCACUGUCCCUGCGAGUCUGACAGCGCCGCACCGGAAGUGUUGGAGCGGACGGUGAUUUUGUCGCUGGCUUCAGGAUGGCGUCUCGCAAGAAGGUGCUGUUGAAGGUGAUAAUCCUGGGAGACUCAGGGGUGGGGAAGACCUCUCUAAUGAACCAGUAUGUCAACAAGAAGUUCAGUAACCAGUACAAGGCCACCAUCGGCGCUGACUUCCUCACCAAGGAGGUCAUGGUGGAUGAUCGCCUCGUCACCAUGCAGAUCUGGGACACUGCAGGACAAGAACGGUUUCAGUCCCUGGGUGUGGCAUUUUACCGUGGAGCAGACUGCUGCGUGUUGGUGUUUGAUGUCACAGCGCCCAACACCUUUAAGACGCUGGACAGCUGGCGGGAUGAGUUCCUGAUCCAGGCCAGUCCCCGUGACCCAGAGAACUUCCCCUUCGUCGUCCUGGGCAAUAAGAUUGACCUGGAGAACAGGCAGGUAACAACGAAACGUGCCCAGGCCUGGUGUCAGAGCAAGAACAGCAUCCCGUACUUCGAGACCAGCGCCAAGGAGGCCAUCAAUGUGGACCAGGCCUUCCAGACCAUUGCCCGCAACGCGCUCAAACAGGAAACGGAAGUGGAGACCUACGACUUCCCCGAUCAGAUCAAGCUGAGAGAUGACAAACCCACUGGCCCCAACGAUUCCUGCAGCUGCUGAGAGACAGGAGGAGAGGAAGGGGCAGAAGUCUGAGAGAGAGAAGAUGGGGAAGGAGGAGGCGCUAGUCACAGAGGUGGAAACCCCUCACUUCUCUGUACAUUGUUGCCUGUCAAAGAAAAUUGUCCAAAUCAGCAUGCUGGAUUCCAAGUCACCCAUUCCUUGAAAAACUGUAAGGAGAUCUGGAAUACAGUCUGGGUACCAGAGUGGGAAACCCCUUCACACACAGUUCGCCUGCGGCGCUAACUUUGCACCAGUUGUUUUUUUAUGCAUAUGAUUAUUAUUGACCAUGCUGAUGAUAACUGCAAAUGACCACCGUACUUAUUAUAGUUGCUCAAUCCAUAGUUGCAUUUGAUAACUUUGUUCUUCCUUCAUCAGUGCUCAUGUGUACUGUAAAUCUGACUGUAGAGGACAUGCUUGCGAUUCUGAUGGCCCCACAGCCAGAGUCAGCAGACAGAGUCUGUCUCUUGCCAGCUCCUGUGCCUUUUCUGCCUUUGUGUUCUGAUUAUGUUUUGUAGGGGAAUCACUUUUUUUUUUUUGUUGCCUUUGGCUGGACCUUGAUUUCCUCGCUUUUGCCAACGUGUUUAUUAAUUUCAGCGUUGGCGGCUCUCGCGCAGAUCUGCACUGUCGUGGGGGCACACAGUGUCGUGGGAAUGGUUCGGUUCACGUCGGGCUCGUGUCUGCCUGUCUCCUCGCUUGCUUAACGCACAUGGGCAGGACAGGCGUUACUCACUGCUGGUUACUGCACCAAAAGAUGGAUUUAUAUAUAUGAUAUUUAUUGUGCAAAUUAGCAAAGCUAUUUUGCCAUUGCAUUCACCCUUUUGAUAUGGAUUUAUUUAAAAGAUUGUUCUUUGAAAUUAUUUGCGGGUAAGGAUGAAGGUUAUAAUGCAUGUUGCACUCUUCAAGUUAAAAAAAAAUCAGCAGAUUCUGCAGUAAAAUUAUCAGCACGAUGGAUUGCCUUCGGUGUAUAGACAGCUUGAGUAGGAAGCAUGUGUGGAAGUACCAGUGAGACCCCUGGCUAUGGGGUCCUUCUCAUUUUAGCACCAUUUGUGUCUACAAGGCACCUGGGUUUUUAUACCAGCUCAUGCUAUUGCUUAACACCUGGGCAAUCACUAAUGUUUUUUUAUCACUGCAGUGCCCACGAUCAUUUCAUUCCCAUCGCUUCGUUGGCAGUGAUAUUCCCAAACCACGUGCCAGCGAAUCCUCCGACAACAGCUAAGCGCUUGCUCCAAGUCCUCAAAGAGACCUUUGUGUCUCCCAGUCCAGCAGCUGAUCUCUCUGAAGGAGAAACCCCACCUGGGGGCACUCUGCACCGAGUCAGUGCUGUGAGAUAGCGUGAAACUGCCUUUGACAGUCAAGACAUUUUGUAGUCGCAAACACAUAAUAUGAAGUUGUGAUGAAGAAAACAAAAACAGGAUCAGCGAUUCAACAGAAUGUGUUAGCUAUCAUCUCCAUUGGGUCAUUGAAUAGCUUUGGGUUUUCAUGUAGUUACCCUAUCUUUGAUUACUGUUGUUAACACUAUAGAAGAGCCCUGAUAUGGCAUGGAAGGUGCUAUAUAGAGCUAUAUAUGGACUAACGGGGUGAUUAGAUACCAUCCUGAGUCAGAGCUAUGUUAAAAGCCUUUGGGCAGUGUUCAGAAAUGUGUAGGAGAGUGUCUUGUUUCUGUGAAUUCAGCUGAUGAUCAAUUGAAAAGGAGGGGAUCUGGUUUGAAAGAAAACAAGUCUGACUUUUUAUUAAACAGGCUGACUUCCCGUAGAGCAUGCACUGACUAUUUUUCCCAGUGUGGCUGCUUAGAGAAGGCUAACUGACAAUACGUAUGCCAGUCUAGGUUUUUAAUUUGAUACCCCUCUGGCAUAACCCAGAGCUGGUAGCCAGAUACUAGAGUCCUGGAGAUAGCAGGAGGGCUAGACUGCAGAGGCACAAGCCUAGGUUGCAAAGUGAGUCAGUCCUGCAGCACUCGGGAGCCUCUCUGUGAACCUUCUGACCCUUGAACUUUGAACCCCAGCAUGAGUCUGCAAUUGCACUGCACAGUUAACACCAGCCCAAGCCCCAUGUUCAGCAUUAUAGUUCCCGUGAAUGUAAAGUGCUGCAUUUCCACAUUUGAAUAACUUGGUUUCAGUUCAUGUAGUUAAUAAAAGAUGCUUAUUGUAUGUUUUUAGUUGCCUGUAGCCCAGAGAUAAUUAGGAGCUGUCUAGUGCUGUGUGACGCUUUAAGCCCCUCCUGUGACCCUGGAAGCAUCCUGUGCAGCUGCAGGUCUCUUCCCCAUCUGUCUCUACCUCCCAUUUCCAACAGAGCCUCCAGUUCAAGAGAUGGUUUAGAAAGAGGUUCUUAACUGUGAUUACAAAGCAGCCUUGAUAAGAUGGCUUCUGCAGAUGUUUUGUUUUUCCAUAACAUAAUAGUUUGUUUUUUUUUUGGAGUGGUAGCUGUUUGUGUAGGACUUCGGAGAUGAAAGCUCUUUUGAAGCUCAAAAUCGAAUGCCUUCAUCACAACCCUCUGCACUGCUCGGGGCCGCGGUCCACAGCUUGUCCCCAGCAGGGGCGAUCCGAAGCUGCCUGGAUCAUGGGGCUCAGGCCUGUGCAGUCAUGGUCUCUCUCUCUCACUUGGUCUGUCUUUAUUUGCCUUUGUAUAUUACCAUUAACAGUCAUUAAUGUAUAAAUAUAUAAAUAUAUCAAGAUCCUGACUGAUUUUAUAUAUACAUUAUAUUAAAGUUUAAAAGUGUUGUAUGUAGGUUAAAAAACUAGGAUUCCCUUUUCUUCAGGCUGAACUGUCUUAUCACCUGUUAAUAUCAUUGCCUCUUCGAAGCAGUCAAAUAAAGGUUAAAUGCCAACAAACAUAUUCUCCA